AUGGCGAGCCUUGUGUGGCUUCCCGCCCUUUCUCUCUCCCCUCCGGCGAGUUCCUCUCAUCUCGCCGACCGCAGGGCGGCCUCUCUCCUCCACCAUGCGGCAACGAGAACGCUCCCGCCGCCACCUGCCGCGGCCGCCUCUCUUCGGAGCGGCGCGCUCCGCCACAGGCGGCCUUAUCUCCGGCGGAUUCUACCGAGAAUCGCCGCCGGAAACUUGGGGGAGGGCGAGAAGCGGGAGCCGAUGGUUCCCCCCUACAACGUGCUCAUCACCGGCUCAAGCAAAGGUUCCGAUUCUCGCGCGGACUCUUGGAAAACGAAGACGGUUUUUCUUUUCGAGAUUCAAAUUCUUCCCUUCCAAAUUUCGUCCAAGUUCUCCGAAAUCUUCUGGAUUUCUAUCCGCAGCCGUGAUAAUUCAAGCAUCUUCUCUCUUCUUGACCCUUUCGUCCAUCGUCAUCCUCUACAUAGCUUUCCCGUUGGCCCCUAAAAUUAAACGCAUGGAGAAAGGCGUUGGAACAGUUCGAUCCUACUCUCACGGAUUGGGUUUCAGAGUUGGAUUGAUUUGGGGCUCGGAAUAUAAGAAGGAUCAGUAUGGAAUGACUCGGAACAUUAUGGAUAAUCUGCGCUACAUGUCAGUCUACGAGUUUCCGGGGAGAACCUGCUGAAGGGAUGUUGUUCAGUGUUCUACGGGGAAUCAUUUUUGUUUCCUCUUAAUGAGUUGCUUUACGGAUUCCUACCAGCCCAGUGCUGCUUCGAGUGGGUUUUUGCUUCCUAAGGUGGAAGGAUUUUAACCAUUGAUGGGAAGGCUUCUCCAUCACUCUGGGCUUCUGAGCUGAGACAAGGGAUGUACAAGCUGGGCCUUGAUUUCAUGCUUCAAGGGUCAGAGGAGCGAUGGAGAUGAAGGAUGAGCUGGAUAUAGUGGAUUUUGGAGAUUGUUGGGUUCCACUUCUUGUAUUUGAAUUUUCUGAUGAAGAAUGAGGGGUCCUCAGGGCCAACACAUCUACACAAUCGAUAUUCGGAAAUGCACAUUUGAGCUGAACAUGCUGAAGAACUGAAAUAUUUAAGCCGAUUAUUUUUUAUGAACGGAAAGGAACCAGUGGCUACAAGUAAUUAAAAGUUUUGUUCUCAUGCUCAGGCAUAUGUUGGCUUUGACGAAACACGCAUCCAUGAAUUAGUUAAGAGCAGCACCAGGUAUCAUUUCAGGUUUCCUGCACCAUAGUUGGAAAGGAUGGCUACUCAGGGUGCUUUGGAGGAAAGUGGGCUUUAGAGGCGACAGUUCCUUUGAGAAGCCCCAUGAUACUUAAACAUGAAGUAUGAAUGGGGAUAUUGGCAGAGGUUCCAUCGGCUUUAGAUGAACCCAAUAAGGCAUGAUGCACUGAACAACUGCAUGAGGUUAUGAGAUUUUGGAUCCUAAUGAAGUGGAUUAUUGAUGCAUAGCUCAACCUUCUCGGUAAAGUGAAAGGUGCUUCUGGCACUAUGGAACCCAUAUUGGGUGUGAUGGCUAUUUUUCCUUUUAACUGUUUGACAGAAAAAGAUUUUAAGAAUGGAAUUCAAUAGCCAAAUACCUUCUUUUUUAAACGCAUCUACCUUGGACUGAACACCAAGUUUUAAAUUAUUUUUUUUCGAUUCUUUUGUGUAUCUGUUUGUUCGUUUAUUUAUUGGAUGACCUGUAGUUAUUGCCUUGCUGAUGAGAAUUGGACUCUAGAAAUGGCUUUCUGUUUGCAUUGUCAUGUGAGAGAUUAUUUUAGUCAGUCCUUUCUUUAAAUUGGGCUUAUUUUUAUUAUUCUUUUUUUGAACCACUUUUUUAUCUAUAUAUCUUGCCGCCAUAUUUUUCUGAUUUUGUGGUCAUUAAACUUGUAUUUCUUUUGCUCUGGUCAGGCAUUGGAUAUGCACUUGCCAGAGAAUUUCUGAAAGCUGGGGAUAAAGUUAUACUAUGCUCAAGAUCAGGUAGAGAUGCUUGCCAAUAAGAAUGGGUUGCUAUUACUUUCUACGUUGUGGAUCAGAAUUAUUGGUUACUAUUUUCUAUGUUCUGCAUCAGAAUUGCUUGCUAUUACUUUCUAUCUUCUGCAUCAGAAUCACUGGUCAUUAUUUUCUAUCCUGCAACUUGGAUGUUCAUCCCCAGACUUGCCUAUUGUUGUUAUGCAUGGCCUGUGCAUCUUAGGUGGCCGAAAUGUUUACUCACUUGCCCAGACAAUCACAUGCAGGUGAACGUGUAGAGUCUGCGGUUAAGGAGCUGAGGGAAGAAUUCGGGGAGCAACACGUGUGGGUACCUACAAUUGAGCUUGUUUCCUCUCUCUCUCUCUCUCUCUCUCUCUCUCUCUCUCUCUUUUCCCGUCAACAUGCUUUUUUCUUUGUCUUUUUAUCUUUUGUCUCAUUGAUAGGCUUGUGAUAAUUUGUUGAUAUUAUUAUAUUUAAGGCUCAUUUUUGUAAUGAACUUUCGAGGUUUAUUUGAAUUUUUAUCCUCUCCACUGAUCAAAGUCGGUAUUAAUUACACCCCUCUGACUAGUGUACAUCGUUGGUUCUGUCAUGAAAAUGCUCGCACAAAUAUAAGAAUUUCAUUUCAUAUUGAAUCAUGUACAAUUUUCCGGUUGGUCCAAAUAAUUUCAUUUCAUAUAUGUAUAUAUAUCUUGGAGUUAUGUGCUGAUGUUAUUGUUCCAGGGAACUGUCUGUGAUGUGAGAGAAGCGAAGGAUGUCAGAUCAUUAGUUGCCUUUGCACAAGAUAAGCUCAAGUCUGUUGAUAUCUGGGUACGAGAUCCACCUGAUGUUUUUCUUAUUACUUGAGUUAUCAAUCGGAUGCUAGUUUUACGCUCAGGAAGGCUGUAAGUUCUACAUCGUGCCAAAUCAUUUAUUGCAUAAAAUAAAACAUCUUUUAUGGUAAGUGCUACGAAAAUAAUUUGGCAUUUUGUGGAAAUUGUUCAAACCAAUUUGGAAUUAAUUUCGUCUGGUUUGCUUGCUUCAUAUGCAUCGCUCAUGAUUGAUUCUUUUAGUAUACUUUAUUAUUUAGAAGAUUAAAAAUCCUUCGUUCCUUUAUUCAGUUUUGACAUCAUCUUUGGCUGUUUAUUGAUGCAGAAUUCGUCCAAAUAAUGGAUUUUUGGAGAAUUGCAUUCUAGAAAUGAACAAUUUCUGAUUUUAAAUCCACUUUAAAUCUAUGCAAAAAUAUGCAAAUUGGUGUGGUCAGAGGAGUAAGAACAAAUUUUGCAAAAAUUUAAAAUCUAUUUCCACGUUAAAUCCAUGCGCCAUCCCAAGAGUCAGAGUAGGAGACAAGAGUUAAUAUUUUAGAAUCACCAGCGACGAUUCUCUUUCCUUCUAGGUGAUUGAAAUUUUCUGAUUAGAAGGCUUUCUGUUUCUCUGCAUCUUGGUGUGGUAUUUAACAUUGUUGAUGAAAACUCUUAGUUCUUUAUAAGUAUGCAACUUUCUGAUGAGAUGUAUCCCUGUUUCUUGUGCACGUUGAGGUCCCAUAUGAACUUACAUUCUGAUUUUUUGUUUUUUACAAUUUGUCGGGUGAGACAGAUCAACAAUGCUGGAUCCAACGCAUACAGCCACAAACCGUUGGCCGAGACCUCUGAUGAAGACUUGAUGUGAGAUUCAUACGAUAUUUGCGAAGAAAAAUCCUCUCAUAGCUGGUGGCUCCUGUUUUCUUCAUCGGCGUCUGAAAAAUGUCCUCUCUUGAAACAGGGAAGUUGUGACAACAAACACACUUGGGUUGAUGAUCUGUUGUCGUGAGGUAACAUUAAUUUUAAUUUUUUUCUCCAAGAGAAAAACCAAGUUAUUGUUUUUUUAAAAUUUUUUCAAGUUGCAAAACUUUUUAACUUUCAGGCGAUUAACAUGAUGCUAAACCAGUCUCGUGGGGGCCAUAUCUUCAACAUGGAUGGAGCUGGCUCAGAUGGGCGUCCUACCCCUCGGUACAAAUAAAAUCCAUGCAGUUAUAGGACAUAGUUAACUAACUAGUGCUCUGUCUUUUUUACUAAAAAAUCGAUAAUAUGCGGCAAUGGGAGGCUUCUUAUAUCUAUGAACGAAAUGUGAAUCCAAUUCCUUAUCAGCUUAGAUAGAAACUGGUUCACGUCAUAAUACUAUCAUUGUCUCAUGGAUUCGUAUGUCCCCUAUGCUAUUUCCCUAUAAGUCUAUUUGCCAUGCAAAUGCUUGAACUGGGCCUCGCUCUAUACCCAUUCUGCAGAAGAUGAAAUUCUCCUGGUCCCUGUGAAUGUAUUUUUUUUAUUUCGUUUUCAGAUUUGCUGCAUACGGGGCGACCAAGCGUAGUGUGGUUCAUCUGACCAAGUCCUUACAGGUACGGUACCACAUGAUAUCUGGGAGUUUAUGCUGCAUUAAUUGUCGUUGAUGUUUCAUGUAAUUUGUGGUGAACAAAACUUGCAUUAUAGACAUAAUUGCAAAGUCCCAUAUAUGGCAAAGGUGUCCCAUAAGUUCAAUAAGUGGGAAGAGGAUGGCCAUGAUCUUGGGGUAUAUAUCACUGACAUAGUACUCCAAAUAUUUCAUUCCAGAAUUGUGAACCAUGGUCACGUGGCAAGGAAACAAGGACUUACCUCUCAACAUAGCGCAACAAUCUUUGUUGCUUUCUGCUUGGCAGAGGUGGAACCAAAUUUAGAGUAUAUAUAUGCUCUACGAGGUUCUUUUAGGAUGCUUGAGAAAGGACCAUCUGGAAUGUUUGAAAGCCAAAAAUUCUCAAUAAAAUUACAGGAAAAAUAUUCCAGCAGUUUUUUUGGUAGGCCAAAAGAUUUUGUGCGAAGAUAUUUAAGUGUUUCAUUUACCUCCCAGGCUGAAUUGCAGAUGCAUGAAGUCAAAAAUGUUAUGGUGCAUAAUCUAUCGGUAAGUCCUCCGAUGAGCAUUCCUUGCAGUCCUUGUGAACUGGUUUGGGUUGGGUUGGGUGUCAGAAGAUCAUCUGAAAUGGAUGGGAGAUUUGUGGAAAUAAUUUUCUCCAUAAUUUCUCUUGAAUUGCUUUCGUCCUGCUGCUGCAGCCUGGGAUGGUUACUACUGAUCUUCUCAUGUCUGGGGCCAACACAAAACAAGUAUACCUUUAACUCUACCUUCUUAUUCUUUUCCUUUCUCGGAAAAACGCUGUUUUGUUAGUUUUUUCUCUUUCUCUAACCCAGUGAUCUGAUUUCAGGCCAAAUUCUUCAUCAAUAUCUUAGCUGAGACUCCAGAAGUGGUAAGAACAGGCUUGUUAGUUUCAUGCCAGGUUGUUUUAGAUGUAGUAGUUAUAACUUUAUAUCAGGGUUUUUAUGAAGCUUGAAAAUAUUGAUUCAUUUCUCUGCAAUUUUAUUACAUGGAAUUGAAUAUUUCGAUAUAAGAUAUUGCACAAUCAUGAACAAUAAAAAAAAAAUCUCGAUUCAUUGCACCAUAGCGACUGCGGAGUAUGAGGCUAAUUGAAGUAAUGGGCGUAUAGACCAAACGAUAUAUCACAGGAAAAGAAUACGAAUUUCAGGUUUCUGUGAAGUUUAAAUUUUUUUAUUUUAAAAAACCUGCGAUUACGCGGCCAGCAUCAUCAACACGUUCAUCCUUAUCAUCAUCCUCAUCUUUCCUCAUCUAGCCAUCCGUCAUUCUCUUGAUUUGAUAUCUUCUUUGGUCUGUAUCUUCUAAGAAAUAUGUGAAAUAAUAUUUUCAGUGGUAUCAAUAUUCUCUUGAUGGGUUUCUCCAUAUUUAUUCCGUUCAUUAAACUAAUUAGAUAUUUUUCGUAAGGUCAGGAUCGUAGUUCAUGCCUAAGAAGACUCUUGGGCUUGAUGCUUUCAGGUUGCUGAAUACCUUGUACGUUGCAUCAGGGUGGUUCCAAACAAAGGAACCAUGAAGCCUACUUACAUCCGCUUCCUCACCGGGCUGAAAGCCUACUCCCAGAUUUUUUCAGUUGAGGAAUCAUAGCUCAUCUCCUUGCCGUGUAUAGUAAGUGACUUGGAAUAAUUUAAUUUAAUUUAAUAUUUAUUUUUUUGCAUCCAGAGAUUUGCAUUCGGCACCCGAAGAAACAGAUACGUGAUUGAAGACUAA